GCUAUGAUGCCGGCAUAUUUGGUCACCAUGAUAAAUUUGGGAUCAAUAAGAAGUGCUUCAAGUUGUUCUCAGUGUGCGACAUGGCCGAGCUGUUGUCAACGGCCACAAUCACAGCGACGGGCCUUCUUUGCAAAGCAUUUCUCAACUCAGGGCUUUGCUCCAUCACCGUUAGCAACCUCCAUAUUCUUCUGGAUGCUCUGCGGAACGACGAGAGGCGGCGACAUGGACAGGGCGUAGUAACAGUUGCGAAUCAUAUUUCCACACUAGACGAUCCACUUGCGUGGGGAACGCUCCCAAUAGAACUCUACUUGAACUCCAAUACAACACGGUGGUCGCUUGGCGCGUCGGAGAUAAUGUUCACCAACCCUCUGUUCUCCGCUUUCUUUCGUAAGGGUCAGGUGUUAGAGACAUUUCGCGGAAAAGGAAUUUUCCAACCUUCCGUAGAUAUUGCCAUCAAACGACUUAAUGAAGGGCAUUGGGUGCAUCUUUUUGGAGAGGGAAAAAUCAACCAACCACCCGACUAUCCGCGGACAAACGGGGUCGCUCGCUUGCCGCGGUUCAAAUGGGGAGUUGGCCGAAUCCUGAUGGAAACUGCAGUUCCCCCUCUCAUCAUACCGAUGUGGCUCACUGGUUUCGACAAAUUGAUGCCCGGACACCGCUCGUUCCCUUGCAAGUACUUUCCAAGAUUAGGUGUCAGACUUGGCGUGGUGUUCGGUGAUCCAAUACCGGUUGAAGAAAUAACAGCUGCAUUGAGUGCGCGCUCGUACGUGCCGCUUAUCGGGGAAGAUGGUACGAAUUCGAAACUUAGCAAUGAGCUUUAUCCGGGCGGCUGCGUUGGCCGCACACCACACAAACGACAUAUGGACGUGGCGCGGAGCGAUGUAACUGCGAUCAUCCAACGAGCGGUGGAAGCUUUGGGUAGACGAGUUUCUGGCGACCUUCUGAACGACUUUCGUUCAUAGUUCGAGGC